UUUCUGACCCUGACAUGUUUAUCUUGCAAUUAUGAGAGGUGGGGUAGUAUUUUCAAGGAAACUAUAGUCGUCAAGAGAACGUAUACGUCCAUUAACUCUCGUUGUUCAACGAUAACCUGUCGUCGUUCGACGAUUUCUACUUUGUCUUUGGUGGCUGGCUGCUCUGCCUGAUCUCAGUCAUUCUUGUCCACUCUUACUGAUCAGUCUUACUAUUAGAUUUAAUUUGUUUCCAAGUUAAAAUGAGCGCCCAACAAGCAACUAAAGAAAUUCUUCCACCGUCAAAUAGAAGAACAGUUCGGUGCCAAACGCAGCUUUCACAAAGCAAACAACGAGGUAUCAUUUUACAGGAAGUUUUGUCAGGCACCGAUUGGUGCCAAUCGGCAAAACAAGACGAUUUCAUUUUACAGACAAAUAAUGAAAUUCUGCCAACACCAGGUAGCAUUGCUUGGUGCCAAACGCAGAACGAAGUUGUUCAAUUAAAGUUUGAGUGGACCAUUCACCAAUUAGCGUUCCUAAAAACUUUUGAAAAAUGGGGAGAUUAUUCUUCAUCUCAUUUUUUUCACGAAAAAAAACCCGAUUCAAAAUGGUCUCUGCGAUUGUCUGACGAGGGAGCCAAUAUCAGGAUCAACCUAGAAUUGCCUCAUCCCAACAAUCAAUUAGGAAAUCCCGUCCAAGUGAAGAUCGCCAUUUCGAAUAGAAAACGCGAACAGAUUUUCCCGCAACAACAAUGCUUACCUCAGUAUACAAAAUUGCCUUGCUGUGUUUUUCAAAUCGCAAAAAAAUUUUUAGUAGAGUCCCAGUGCUUCGUCAAUGGGAAACUCACCAUCUACUGUGAGAUUGAAAGUUUCGUAUUGAAAAAUCCUGUACUGUCGGGCAAGUCGUCUACAGUGGCCAAUUUGGAUGAGAAACCAUUCGGCAACAGCGACCAACUAGUUGCCCAACUAACAGGACUCUUUGAAGAUUUGAAAUUUUCCGACAUCGCCUUCAACGUCCGUGGACGCCAAUUUAAAGCCCACAAAAACAUUUUGGCCGCAAGAAGUAAAUUUUUCACUGCGAUGUUUGAUCACCCGACAAAAGAAAAUUUAACGAACCAAAUCGAAGUUGAAGACGUGGAGCCGGAUGUGUUUAACGAAAUCCUCCGCUUCAUCUACACUGGAAAAGUGUCGGAGUCGACGAUGGAGAACAUGGCCUUUGAAAUACUCAGAGUGGCGGAUAAAUAUCUAUUGGAUCAAUUGAAAAUGGAGUGUGAGACUCGUAUCAUUCAUCGAAUGUCGGUAGAAAAUUGUCUGGAAUUACUUUUGAAUACCCAUGAACAUCAUCCAGCGUUUCAUUUGAGACAGUAUGCGGUCGAAUUCUUCCGCAAUUUCUCCAGCGAAGUGAUGGCGACGGAAGAUUGGGAAAAGGCCAAAAAAGAUGAUCCUGAAAAAUGUUUCAGUGUGCUGCAAAAUCUUGUCAAAUCUAUUGUUUAG